CUGGAGACCAGCCCCUCUCUGCCUGUAUAGACCUGUUCAGCAUGUGGACCGCAGGCCUCGAGUGUCCUUGUGUGCUCGGCCGAAGGCCUCUGCUGCGUCUGCUGCUCCUGUUGUUGCUGCUACAGCCCGUUACCAGCGCCCAGACCAUGACGGACGUCCCCAGCUCCCCGACAGUCCUGGGAACUACCAGCGCUACCACCAUGCCUAGCGUCCUGAGUGCCCCAACCACACCAGACACCCCCAGAGACUGGAGACUGCGGGAGCACGUACAGGCCUUGAUGCGGGACUCGCCGCUGGUAGAUGGCCACAAUCAUCUGCCCCUGCUCCUGAGACAGCUUUUCCAGAACAGGCUGCAAGAUGUUAACCUGCACAACUUCAGUCAUGGCCAGACCAGCCUGGAUAAGCUUAUGGAUGGCCUUGUGGGUGCCCAGUUCUGGGCAGCCCAUGCCCCUUGCCAGAGUCAGGACCAGGAUGCUGUGCGCCUCAUGCUGGAACAGAUUGACCUCAUUCGUCGCAUGUGUGCUUCCUACACUGAAUUGGAGCUUGUGACCUCAGCUAAAGCUCUGAACAGCACUCAAAAGCUGGCCUGUCUCAUUGGCGUGGAGGGUGGUCACUCACUGGACAGCAGCCUCUCUAUACUGCGUAGUUUCUAUCUUCUGGGAGUGCGCUACCUGACACUCACCUUCACCUGCAGCACACCCUGGGCAGAGAGUUCCACCAAGUUUAAAGAUCACGUCUACAGCAACAUCAGUGGGUUAACUAGCUUCGGUGAGAAGGUGGUAGGGGAAAUGAACCGCCUGGGCAUGAUGGUGGACUUGUCCCAUGCAUCAGACACCUUGGUGCAACAAGUGCUAAAGGUAUCGAGGGCUCCUGUGAUCUUCUCCCACUCAGCUGCCAGGGCUGUGUGCGACAGUUUGCUGAAUGUUCCAGAUGACAUCCUGCAACUUCUUAAAAAGAAUGGUGGCAUUGUGAUGGUGACGCUAUCCAUGGGGGUUUUACAGUGCAACCUGUUUGCUAAUGUGUCCACCGUGGCAGAUCAUUUUGACCACAUCAGGGCAGUCAUUGGAUCUGAGUUCAUCGGAAUUGGUGGAAAUUAUGAUGGAUCUGGCCGUUUCCCUCAGGAGCUGGACAAUGUAUCCACAUACCCGGUUCUGAUAGAAGAGUUACUGAGGCGGGGCUGGAGUGAAGAAGAGCUUCAGGGUGUCCUUCGUGGAAAUCUGCUACGCGUCUUCAGACAUGUGGAACAGGUGAGAGAUGAAAACAGUGGUCAGAAUCCUGCAGAGGAUGAGUUUCCAGACAGGCAGGUGGGCAGAUCCUGCCACUCCCACCUCUUGUCUCAGCCUCAGCGUGAACACCUGGCCACACACCUGGAUGGGACCAAUUGGCCAAGCAAUCAUAUUCUCCAGAGUCCCUCAAAAACCUCCCCAUACCUUGUUCUAGGCUUCAUGGCUACUGCCACCUUCUCAAUCCUCACCCUGUGGCUCUGGUGA